ACAAACGCCUCCAGCUGACGAACUAAAACUAGAAAUUUAACUAAAUAACUUCGAACCAAAGCUUUGCUGGUGUUUGAGAAGCUAAAUUAAGUUUCUAUUUUAGACGUUGACUGUUAAAGGGAUCCUCAAUUUCCCGUGCUUCUCUUUAAGUAGGCUCGUAAGUUAGCUUUUUAGCAUAUGAAACAACGUUAGCAGUGAGAGUGGUUAACUGUUUCUAUGUCAUGUCAGAGGAAACAGGGACGAGCAAAACAACGCGGUUUGAUCCGCAUGUGAGCAGUUACAGGCCUGCAUCUGGAAAGACACAGGUAAUAAACACCUGUAGGUUAAUAAGAAACCCGAGAGAUAGUUUACUGAAGCUGUGAAAAACCUUUUUUUCCUCUGUAUAUCAGGACAUUUCUCAUGUGCUAUCAAGCACUUUUGAGGACCUUUACACAAGGAACAUCAUUGGGAAAGACACUUUGUCCAACUUGAUCAAGUCGAAGAAUGAAAGCAGCAGCUACCAUGACAGAUAUGUGGAAGAGCUUCAACAGGUGAGGCCAACAGAAGAAAUAUACUGAAAUAUAGGCCUACUGUAGGGGAGAGUGGGGUAAGAUGAGCCAAAGUGUAAGUUGAGCCACCCCCUGUUGCUUGGAAAUGGUAAAAGAAAUGGAUCAUAUGACGAAAUUUUUAGGAGAUGGACAUCAAUUCAUGGAGUCUGUGAAGGUAUGGGUCACGGGGUUAGACAUUUAUUUACAAAAACAACAUUUUUCACCCUUGAAAGUGAAUUUAGUUUGUCAUAAGUUUGAUUAGAAAUGUGUUCAGAUCAAAAAAGAUUAUUUUAAAUUUGUUUUAUACAUCAAUUGUGGUAUUUAUGAGCUACAACAUGAGGUCAAAAACCUAGCAUUAGAGUCCACCAUUUUAGCUUAGUGGACAAAUAAAGUCAUCAUAGUAGUUCUGGGGUAAGUUGAGCCAUUUGGCCCAACUGAGAAAGUAAAGGAGUCUGAUGAGAGGAUCAGAGUUUCGGUUCAGAUUGUUGAUUGUUGACCGUAGGAGACCACUUAUUUGUCAUGCUAUGUUAUCAAGACAGUUCUGUUUACACUCAUUCUGUUGGUUUGCAGGGAUGCACAACAUCCUGAAAUAUAUGCAGAUACACUAGUUGGAGACAAAAUUAUGAUCGCCUUGAUGUAGUGAUCCGAAAUAUGAAAAAUUACUCAUCUUACCCCACUCUCCCCUAUACAAUAAUAUAUCUGUACCUAUAUAUUUUAACCUCACAGGCUCAUUCUGAAUACAGUCGGUGUAUUAAUGAGGCUGACAUGUUGGAGAGUCACAUAAUUCAGGCCAGAGCUCAGGCUGCGACCACAGAGAGGCAGGCUUAUGAGAGGAUGAUGGAGGGGAUGGGAGAGUUUCAUGAUCAUCAAAUCCCCAUCAUAGGUGAGAUGGAAACACACUCAUGAAUACGAUAUGCUGUUCGAAGUCAACAAUUCUUGCUUGCUUCAUUCUAGCUACUUUGAUGAAAGAUGUUACACUUUUCUUCAGUAUAUGUAAUUUGUCAUUUGUAUUCUCAGUCAAAUCAGCCUUCGUCUGGUGUGUGGACAAUGAACUCCUGAGAAGGAACAACCUCAUUUCCCCUCAGGAUUACUUGACUACAGAAAAAACAUAUUUCAAAGCACCACCAGCAAGUACAUGACCCUAUUUAGUACUCUUGUAUUUACUUAUAAAAAAAUAUACGUGCAUUUGGUUCUUGAUUUCACAUAUUAUUCCCCUGGCAGAAAAAUCAAAUCCAGCCAAACCCACCAUUGCUUUCACCAUGCACGUGUCCAAGGAGCCUCAGGAUGAUGGUUAUACUGUAGUUCCUGGUCCAGAAAAAGCAGCACGUGAAAUGGAUGAGUCAAGUAUAACUCGAACAUUUGAAUCCAGCUCUGACGACCCAAAACGGAGUAAAAUAUCCAAAGAGGUAAGGAAUCAAUCACUGAUACCUUUCCAAUACACACCUGGAUAAUUAGAGCAAUGCCCUGUGUGAAAAAAAUAAAAUAAAAAAAAGAAUAUAACAUCUUAAUUUGAACAGCUGAUGACUCCGGUGAAGGGCCAGAUUAUGUACUUUGUUUAUUUGUCAAUCUGUUUCAGAAGCCAAACCAGAACAAACCCAAACCAAAGUGGAAGAAAGAACCAAGUGCCAAGGACAGGGAGGAGGGAUGGGAAAAACGACAAAAGCUUCAAGAGCAACACACCAAUCCUCGGCCUUUUCCCCCAAAGGAUGGCACAUCUCUUGUUCAGCGCAGAGCCAAAGCGGGGAAAAAGGAACGUAUGGGGAACGCAUUGCAGGAGAAAAGGUACCUAAAAGUGCCAGCUAGAUACAGUAAAAGGUCUUUCUCAAUCAAUUCAUGGUAAAUGCUCACCAUUUUCUGACUCUGGUAGCAAAUACUACAUACAAAAAAUCGAUGUUGACAUAGUGUUGAAGAAAUACAGUGAGCAGAUGUCAGCCAAACUCCUUUUCUAUUAAAUGUAAACAUGAGCUCUCUGUACCUGAGUUUGAAAAGCAGCACACCUUUUGUACCAGAGCCGAUUGCUAGGGAUGUGUAACUAAAUAUCCCAGGUAGUGUGUGCUUUAGCGUCCUUGACUGGUGAUAGUAUAUUAGUAUUUCAGAUAAAUCAUUUUGAAGUUCUGGCAAAUGUAAAGCUCUCUUUAAAGUCUUUAAAAAAGUAACAGCUAGUAUGUACAGUAAAGUAACACAGAUGUGUAAAACUGCCAGACUUUGUUUCAGUUUUUGAACAUCUGUGGGAGAACUCAUGUAAGAAACGUUGACUUUAUAUCAAUAUCUGGGCUUUUGAGAGCCUUCUGACAGAAACACACUUAAGUGAAGCCUGUCUGAGUGUGGAACAAUUACCAUCCUGUGCUGUGGACCAAAUACACAGUGAAAAUGACAAGAGUACUCAUAAUUUGAUCAUAGUCAAGCAUAAGAGAUUAACCCUAAACAUAUGGAUUUGCUUAUUAAGAAUUUGUUUUACUUCUCGUGUUUAUGCACUCAGUUUGGAUGAAGGUGAGGAUAAGCUAGCCAAGCUAGCAUUACAAGAGAACAAUAACAAACCCUGUUUUACACAUUUGCAGCACUGGCUUUUAUUAAAAAGAAAAGUUUCUCCUUUAGCAGUUAAAGGAAGCAAAACUAGACGAGUUUGCCUUGUGGUUUUGAUGUACAUAUGAUGUUAGCUCAGUACCGUGCUCACCACAUCCUGUGAAUGUGACUCCAUUCAGAGCAAACAGAGUAAUCAGGUGUUUUUGUGUUGUCGUUUUCUCUGGAAGAUCUAAUGAUGACUCUGUUCCAGUCUUCAUUGCACAGCCCUCAGUGGUGGUUUUCACUGACUACACUGUGGGGUAUGUUUACGAGGUAUGUUUUGAUAACUUACACCUUGUGAAAAUCACAGACAACCCACUGCUUUUCACUGUCCUCUUAUCAGAUCGAAUCUAAUCGACUCGUUCUGUUUCAUCCUAGACUACUCUAGAGUUGAAAAACGCGACAUCUGUGAGCCGUCGCGUCCGCCUCAUCCCUCCUACUACUCCUUACUUCUCUAUUGGCUUGGGUAAGCUCCUGCUGUUGCUCUUAUUGGCCUGUUUAAGCCUGCCCCUAAUGUUAGGAGGAAAUCAACAUGUGUGAAGUGUCAGUGAUUUAGCUAAAAGGAAUGCAGAAAGGUCCCGACAAAUAAGGUCACAUAUCUCAGGAAUUCAGUCAGUGGUUUUUUGGGCAUUCCUGUGUUGCUGUAUGUGAGUAGCAGCGCCACUCAUUGAAAAAGAAGGUGAAUUACUCUCAAAUAAAACAGAAAAUCUAUGAAUAAAUGUGUCUUGGCAGGGAGAUUCCCCGGUGAAGAUGGCAUUGUUGCACCAGGGAUGAGUUGUAAAUACACAGUGCGCUUUGCCCCAGACUCUCUUGGCAACUACGAGGACUUCAUAGUUGUGGAGGCUCAGGCUGAACACCUGUUUGCGGUGCCUAUUGCAGCCGCACGACCCCCUCCAGUGCUCACCUGUGAGUUACAUUACAACAAAGUCCCCUCAUGUUCUUGCUUGUCUCUGUCAUACUCUGCUGGUAUGUUCUCCUUUAUCUAUCAUUGCAGUACCAAAGGUUCUGGACUGUGGAUUUUGUUUCAUUGGAGGAGUGAAGUUUGUUGAGUUUUUUUGUGAAAAUAUUGGGCUCAGCGCUGGGACCUUCUGCAUCAUUCCCAAGAACCAGUGGCCAGCCUCGAACCUCAGGGUAAAAGUCUAUUCAGUGUAUUAUCUGAGAGACAGUUGCAGUUGUAUUCACUCGCUUCUUCUGUUUUACAGUCAGUGGAAAAAAGCUUCUUCUCCGAGCAGCCACCCUUUGCAAUCAGCCCAUCUGUCUUUGUUCUGCAGCCUGGAGAGGCCAUGAUAGUGGAGGUGAGUUAUAGAGCUGAGGGUAAAAAUGUUGAUGAGAUUAUAUGUUUUAUCUACAGAGCUUAAUAAGAUUUCUAUUCAUAGAAAAGCAAAGAUCUGAAGGGAUGCUUUCAAGUUCAAUGGACACACUAUACAUGUUUACACUAUUUGUGUGUGUUUUUGUAUGUAGGUGGUUUUCUUUCCCACCACCGCAGACAGGAGCAGACAGGAUUUCACUCUUGUCUGUGACAACUGCCAGGUUAAAGACAUUUCCAUUGAAGGUAAAUAACAAAGACUUCAAAAUUCCCUCAGUAAUAAGUAUAUUUAAUUGUUUUUGUAUCCACUACGUUCUGUCUUCUCUGUGAUGUGUGUAUUUUCUCAGGUGAGGGCGAGAUGAUUGCACUCAAGCUUGUGUCUGUAUCUGGGGAGGAGGAGCCUCCUGUGUCAGGAGAGAUGCGUGACCUCACUGCUGAGCACUUUGUCCGAUUCAGCCCAUGUAACCCUCACUCUGUGCAGGAGAGGAGACUCAUAGUUAGAAACAACGUGUAAGCAGCACACCCUCACAUAUCAUCACUACAUAGUGUCAAAAAACAAAGUUGUAUGAUAUUUUCUUUUUUUGUGUGACAGCAUCCUACAGUGAAAGAAGUAGAAAAAUCACAUUACAUGACUUUAUCAUCAUUUUUCUCUCUCUGGGGUUGAAGCCACUUGGAGCUUCCUUACCACUGGCAGAUUAUGAAGCCCAACCUGCACCCUCUGCUCCCAGGGGAAACCCCAAAGCCCUCUCUGAUCCAGUUCCACCCAGCCACAGAUGAUGCUUUCCACAUCAGCCCUAUGGCUGGAGUCCUGUCUCCUUGCAAAGAGGAAGAGUUUGUGCUCUCCUUUUGUCCCAAAGAAGUACACAAUAUUUACUGAAAACAAGUCGAUCAAUUAUUUUAUUAUUAUUAAUUUUUUGUACUAAUUCUAUUAUUUACUCUCCUUUAGCUGAAGGAUUACCACAGUGUGUGUCACUUAGUGGUGAGGGAUUGCCCCGAGCUGCCGACAGAGCCCAGUGAAGAUGGGUAAAGCCUGCCCGACUUUGUCUGAUGGUUGUAUAAGUGUGUACUGUAAAUAUCAAUGAUUAGAAAAGGUCAUCAUUUUCAAAGAACCCUGACAUCACUCUUCAAGUUUACUCAACACAAGCUUAUUAAGGGCGCCUUUCAUCUCACAAAGCGUUCGAUUGUGUGUCUGUUUGUGCUUGAAAACCUAGUGUCCUUCAGCCCUUGCGCACUGGCUCCAAAGUGAGUGACGUCAUUGUCAUGGAGAUAGAGGUCAAGGGGUCAACAGAGCCGUACCAGUUCUUACUGGACCCCUAUGCUAUUGUGAUACCUGGGGAGAUUUUAAUUUGCACCACCACCCGCAGGCAGUUCAAGGUCAUUGAAGUCAUUUUUUUCCUAAAAUUAAAUUAAAUGAAAAAUGUUUAGAUUUGUAACAAAUGUGUGUGAUUCUGUCUCUUUUGUGUAUUAGAUGUGGAACCACAGCAAAACCUGCAUCUCUUUUCAGUGGGAGGGACUGAGCAGCAGCAGCAGCCAUGUUAUGGAAGUAGAGCCCUCUGCUGGUAGAAUAGGUGCAUUACAAAUUACAGUGUAGAUUAAAAUAGUGAAAUCUGGGUUCUCUUGCAUAUCCUUAAUUAAUCUGUCUUUUGUGUCUGUGUAUCCAGAGGAGAACGAGUGUUUUGACUUUGACCUGAUUGUAAUUGGGGGGAAACCAGAGAAGCUGGUGACUAGUCUGGUUUGUCACAUUCAGCACUGCGAUGAGCCUGUCACUCUGGCUGUUGAAGUCUCCUUUAAGGUGAGAAAGAAUGAAAACUUACCUGUUGAGGCUAAAAACGAAAGAAAAAGCUCUUCUUUUGGACACAUUCAGCUGCUGUCACAUUGUCUUUGCAGUGUUAAUUAUGUCAACUAUUUUAAAUGUAAUCUUAGUCUCUGGGCUAAAAGGCCUUUUUGUUUUAGUCACAUUUUAAAGUUGUUGUCAACCUUUAGUCGAUGAAAAAAUCAAAACAUUUUUAUUCCAGAUGUAUUUAUAAAACCUGUUGUAUUUAAUCAAAAGUCUAAACAUUUUAGUCAUCACAUUUUUAGUAAAAGUUAUCUGUCUUUACACUGAAAUGACCAAAAAUUGGUAAAAAGGACACUCUUAAUGCUUUAACUUGCGUAAUAUUUGGGAUUUAUUGUCAUAAUUAUCAUUUACAGAAUGAACACUGAUGUGUGUUUUUUUUUUUUAAUAUUUUGUUUAGGGUCCUGUAGUGACCCCCGGAGUGUCUAGUGUGGAUUUAGGGCUCAUAAAGCUUGGGGAGCAGAAGCAGACCACACUCCUCCUCACCAAUACCUCCCCGCUGGAGGCAAACUGGGCCCUGGAAGAAAAGUCCAACAGUCAGCAAGACCCUCAGGUGGGAUGAUAUAGCAACACAUCUGGGAUAAAACAGCACCAAAGUUUAAAGUCAUACUCUUAAAUUUAGUAUUCAUUCUUCACAUCUAUAUGAAUCUCUGUUGUUUAGAUCACAGUGGAGCCCUGCAGAGGUCUGCUGCCUCCUUUGGCUUCCUGCAGCGUGGAUGUGAUAUUCGUGCCAAGUUUCUGUCAGCAGUAUGACUCUGAGCUGGAGCUGACGGUGGAGAAUGGAACAGGAUGGUAAGGGUGUACAAAGCUUCACCACUCCUCUUUGAAAACUAGCCCUUCUGUACGCAUUGUGCUAAAAGACAGCUGAAGCUUAGCGGUGCAGAGAGACCAGUCUGUGCAACAAUCACAAGGUAACUCUGUGACGGAGUCCUGCUGGGAACAAGUAUCACCACCACCUGUGUGUUCUUUGCAGUCACUUGUCAGUGCGAGCAGAUGUGAGGUCUCCACAGGUGUGUCUGCUGAACUGUGAGCUGUGUCUGUCUGAACUCUUCAUCGGAGUGCCCGCUAAGACCUCUGUCACACUUUCCAAUCAGACCCUGCUGCCUACAGACUUCAGCUGGAUGGUAUGCUAACAGUCUUUAUUUACCACUGCGUCAUUUCCAGUGACAGGAUGGAUUAUUAACCAUGUGAAAAACAAAAUUACUGCACGUUUGCAUGCUCUUUUAUGGUAUUUCUUGAAAGUUAAGAAGGUUCCCACUGAGCAAUAGACGGCUAUUAGACAUCUAGUUUUUUUUGUUUGUUUGUUUUUUUGUAGACCUAAUUUCAUCUGUCUAGAUUCUGUAUAUUUUUAGACAGAAUUUAAUAAUAAUUAUAAUAAUAAAUUUUAUUUGAAGGCGCCUUUCUAACAGUCAAGGUCACCGUACAAAUCACAGUAAAAACAGCAUAAAACAUUUAAAACACAUUUAAGAGCAAUAUCAAAUAAAAUAAAAAAUAGAUAAAUAAAUAAAUAAAUAAGGAAAAAGAAAGAGACAGAGAAUUUAGACGUUGCACUUUAACCCAUCAUUCGAUAACAUUUAUUUCAAAAAGCAACUGUGAGUCGCAUAACAGAUCUCCAAGUACUUAACCAAAAUAAUUAUGAUGGCUAUUGAACAAUAUAUGGUGUAGCAUAGAUAUAGCCCAGAUUUAGACUUGGUCUUUUUUAGAAAUGCUCAGUGGGAUGGUUGGAUUUUAAUUGUCACUCACACUAUUGUUGUAUUUUUUGCCAUUGAUAUUGAACUCCAUUUUCAAAUGUCUUCAUAGCCUCUAACAUGACUUUAAACUUGUCCCGCUAGUCUCAGCUUCAGGGUAAACAAGCUGACAUGUGCUCAGCCAGUUUUGAGCCCUCCUCUGGCACACUAGGACCUAAUGCCAACAUGGACAUCACUGUUACUUUUACCUCUCAUACAGAUGUAAGUAUCAGUUGUAAUCUCACAAAAAACUGUACACACUUUGCCGAGACAUAAACAGCUAAAACAAGCACCAACUUUAUUUUUAACUUCUUUGUCCAGCUGGAGCUGACUGAGGUGGCAGCUCUCUGUGAGGUCCAGGACAUGAACUGUCCUCUUGUUCUCAGCAUUGCUGCUUCCAAAAUCAAGAAACUCAGUGUGUGCUAUUCACUGCCAAGUGCGGGGUAUCAAAUUUAGCUUUCAGUCGGAUAUCCAAUCAACCUCUGCUUAAAGAAUGGCUGAUGCAUCACAACAAAACGUGUGCCUACUUUCCUUUUCUUCAAGGUCCACUCUGGAGGAUAAGAGUCCCUCAUCGCUAUUACUGAACUUUGGAGAUGAUGUGGUUUUAAAGAGAGCUGUUGCCAAGCAGUUCCUGAUCACAAAUCAAAGCGCCAUCCCUGCACCUUUCACCAUAGAGGCAGAGUAUUUCAAAUGCCACGUCUCAAGUCCAAGUGGCCUGCAGGAAAAAAGGUACAGAAAUCAUCUCACUGACCUGAAUAUUAGAUCGAAGAAUGACUUUACUGUGACGUAGGCUGCAUUUGUUCACAGGCUCACAUACAAGAAGCCGCUUCACUCAGUUCAGGCUAAGAAAAUAGAGGAAAAAGCACAAGAAGGUUAGCUUCUAGUUUCAAUUUAAAGAGAGUGAGUAAAUACUCCACAGAUUCUGACUGUCAUUUUGUUUCUGGUGUCAGACUUUGUAAGCAGCCUGCUGGCUCAUGGAAAAGGCGCAGCUUUCUUCAUCCUGCCAGCCUCAGGGAUGCUGGGAGCGUUUGAGAGCCAGACUGUGGAUGUCACCGUUUACACAGACAUGUGGGGAGAAUACAGAGAUCACCUUGUGUGCAAAGUAUGAUGCUAUAUGAUGAAAACUAACAGAUAUUUUUAGAGUCAGGAAUGAGUUUCUGCUGAAAGAUUUAGAUCACAAGCAUCAUUGGUGCACAUCCACGCACUCUGAUUCUUAAAAGCCAUUUAAAGAAGUUUUUUUUUUUUGCAGGUGGGGGAUCUUGAUGCCACGCUCAUCCCCAUGCAGAUGACAGUAAAAGGCUGCCCGCUCUAUUUCCAGAUGACUGGUCCAUGUCUUGACAACCAGACCAGAGGACCAACCUUACAGUCUGUUCCUUCUUUAUAUUUCUACAAUUCCAAUCAGCACGAUGAGUCUGCUUUAAAAAAAACAGCUUUUUGUUUACUCCACAAGGUUUGGAUCGCACGUGUCUGGAGGCGACACAGUGUCUCGUUCUCUUCGCAUCAAUAAUCCCAGCAUGUUCGGUGAGCAUAAUCAGUAACCCUUGGAGAUCCUUCGUUUUUCUACACUCAGUCAGAUCCUAGCAGGUCAGAUUUGACCCAUAUGGGUUUGACUGUAUAAAAGCAUGAUAACAUAACAAAAUCACACAGAUUUGAGUUUUAUCUGCUUCACCAACUUCAGACCAAUCUAUUGACACCAAGUUUAUACUUAUUGGUGGAAUUUUUGGUAGCAUUUAUUAUUAUAAGAUGAAAUAUGACCUUAUUUAUGAUUUAAUUAAAACAGAAAUCAUAGAUUAUGUUAAAUACAGUUCAAGCUUUGGGGGGUGGGGGGCCAGGUGGGUGUGGGGGUGUGCCUGGAUAGGUGUCUGAGUGUGUUCAUUGUGCUUGAGAUCACAGAAUUAGGACAUACUGCUCGAUAGCAUUACUCAGUAUCAUCCUGGGUCAAAUUUGACCUGAAGGCCUAAGGUGCUAUUAAUAAAAACUAAAGACCCAUAAUGCAAUGCAGGAGAGUGAUCAUUAAUUUUACUUGUUACUAGUGUAAUUUGGAACCUCAUCUUAAAAUUUCAGCCAAUUAGAUAAAAGAUAACUCUAUUUUUAAGCUAAGUGAAAACAACUUCAGGGUCAAAUAUGACCCUGAAGGUCAAGCAAAGGUUAAAAAAACAAGGAUCUAUGGGUGCUUUAACAUUUAAUCUAAUUCAUUAAAUCAUCUCAGUGGAAAAGACACCAAACUUUGAUCCCCUCUGUGAACUUCCAUGUUAUGUAAUCCUCACUUUUUGAUGACAGAUAUUCGUAUGGACUGGGAAACUUAUAACAUAAAUGAGAAUGAUCGUACACUGGAGACACGGGGAGGGUCCUCUCCUGAGAAAGAAGACAGUGAGGUGUUGAGUGGAGAGUCAAGGGACUCUGAUGGCGACAUUCAAGCAGUGAAGGAAGGAAGUUCAGAGGGAGCAAGAACCCCAACCCAAAGCUCGACUGUGAGACCCUUCAACAAGUACAGCACAGUUACAAAAACUUUGAGCAUGUCAGCAACCCUUUAACUCCGUAUUGGUUAAUCUUAUUGAUCACAGGACAAGGAGGAAAACAUAAACAAGGCUGCCAGUGAGGGAGAGGAAACCUACAACCUCUCAGAUUACCCAUACUGCAUCACUCCUCAGCAAACAGUAUGUGGACUGAAUUGAAGCCCAUUUGUCUUUUAAAACUCUUUUCUUUUUUUUGAGAAAAAUAAUAAAUCUUCUUCUGCUUUUUAACUUCAGGUGAUACCAGCCAAGAGCAGCAGCACAGUCCAUGUAUCGUUCACUCCUUUGACUCUCUCAGGUUCAGUUUGUGAGUCCAAAUGUGUGGGCUUGGCGCUGGGAUUCUUGAGUCUAGACUCUGAGGUAAUAUUUCGACACUACUUAACAACAAAUUUGACUUUUAAAUCCAGGAAAAGGCAAACAACAGAGGACUGGUGUGGCUUGGAUUCUCAUAUUAUUGUGUUGUUUGUGUUAACAGUUGGCUGCCUGUGUCCCGGGUAAAGUAAUAAGAGCUCAGGGUUCGGAUUUGGAGCCUGUCAGAGUGGAUCUACUAGCAGUCGUAAAGCCUGCGCUGUGAGCAAAUACAAUCCCACUAUUUAUGUUAUGAUAAAACUCUCAAUGACUUUGAUUGUAUUUAUGUUUCCUGAAUUAAAAUGAGCUGAGGUUGGGUAAAAGGAGCUCGGAGGUGGUCUGAUUAAGUUGCAUAUCAUCCUCUGGGCUCCCUGUCGCUGUAGGCUGUGUGUGCAGAUGGAGGAGGAUGAAGGGGUGCUGGAGUUCAGAGCCUCGGCCGGUGAUUUACUAAGGAUGGGACAAUCAAAGCAGGAGGUCUGUGUGAAAAACCCACAACACUUAAUCUUCUCACCUCUGAUACGUUGAAGCUCAAGCUUGAGAUGUCAGCCCCAGAUGUCUGUAAUAUUUCUGUUCAGCCAGACUUAUUGGUUGUUUUUUUCUGGUUGUUUUUGUAGCUGGUAGUGCAUGAAUUUGACACCAUUCAGAGCCUCAAGCUGCUUAACAACUCAGAAAUGCCUCUAUACUUCAAACUGAGGACCCAGCCACCAUUUUCAGUGCUUAAGCUGCAGCCUCGAGUGCAGACCAGCACCUCCAGUAACCCUCAAACUGGUGACAGUCAGACUCUGGUGCUGAGGCCACAGCACUGUGUGCAGGUAAGAACUGGAGAAUAAAAAGUCUGGAUUAAGUAGCAGGAAAUUUUGAUAAAGAGUAAUCUGAUUAUUUGUGCUUUUCUCCUCCAGGUAAAGGUGGCCUUCCAUGUCUCUUUGUCCCUCUUGGACCAGGCAGAUGAGGAAGAUCCUCUUGGAGUGACACUGAUCAGCAGUGAAAGUGGGCGGAGGAAGCUGAGGUUCCAGCAAAACCUUCAGAUUCACCACAGCAACAACACGCUCCAGGUGAGCGAUCGAAAGAAAACCACUCAGAACUGUAGAGUCCUUUGCGGAAAAAUAAAACAUUUGACCCCACAGAGCUCACUCCUUCUUCCUCUGUGCAGACAGUACCUCUUUGUGCCCGCUUGGAUCUUGCUACAAUACGUUUGUCUACUGACAGCAUUGACUUUGGAUUCUGCUACGUGGGCCAGACACAGACAGUUGCAGUCAACCUCUAUGGCUAUGGAGCACACACCUACUGGAGACUGAAUAUAGGUAACUACUCGGCUGUCUUCUAUUUUGUUCAGGGUAGAGGAUAUUGACAAAAAAAAUCAUGUUCAAAUAUUUUGAGGGAUUUCGCCAAAAAAUAUAAUUAACAAUUUUGUAGAAUGAGUAAAAAAACGUGUUUGGAAUAUCCUUUUUUUUGGACUACCUUACUUUCUUUAACAGUAUAUUGAUAUUUAUUGUAGAAUGACAGUUACAUUACCUCAUUUACUGUGUUUGCAAAGAUGUCUGUCAGAUAUUUAGACCAUAGACAGUGUAAAAAGAUGGACAACACAACAUCUCUCUGAAAGCAAAACCAAAUUGUCUGCAGCCCCCCUGCUGACUGGCUGCAGUAUGUAUCACAAUGCCAGCCUCCUGCAUUGUAACAGAUGUCACAUGUGUUAGAGUCUUUUUAAGUUAUUAUUCUGCGUUCCAGUUACCUCGGAAAUCAGAUGUCAGAGCUGAGAAUGACUUUACACUCGAGUUGACGGCGUUCCAAUAAACAAGUCUGAAAACCAAGAUGGACGGCUACAGUUACCCACUGUUAGCUGUUGUUUACAAUUGUCAGCUGUCGUUAGCCGUUGUCAGUUGUUGUUAGUUGUCAGCUAUACCAGUUGUAAACAACGCAUAACAGCGUAUUUUACUCUUACAAACACCAUAGCGCUGUGUUCACAGUUAGACGUUGGGCAGCAUAACAAAUACCACUUAUUCAUUUUCACGAAAACAAAACAGAAGUGCUAUUAAAUAACACAUUACAAGAGCUUCCAGUGUUCCUCUUUACUGUUGAUGCACUGCGCUGCCAUCUUGGAUUAUAAUGUUGUUGUCAAGUCGGGGUUGGUGAGGAUCGUCCGACUUUCUGAGUCGGAAAUCCGACUUCAGGGGGGCAUUUCAGGUGAAUUUCCGACUUGGAGCUCGGAAAUCCCGACUUCUGAGUACAACUGGAAUGCAGCAUUAGUAUACAGUCAGUGUGACAGACCCACACGCGGAUGUGUUCACUGUAUUUGUUUGUAUGUAUGUGCAGAGUCAGAUGUGUUCGAAGUGACGCCAGACUUCGGUCUUCUUAGAUCCAAAGAGCGUCAUGUCGGCAGAUGCAGCCAGAGUCUUCAGAUCAGUUUCACUCCCAGGUAACGAGACACACACUGCAAUUAAAACGUUCUACUCUGAGAUUUUAAUAAAACAUGCUUUAAAAUUCUUAAUGCUUGAAUUUCAUGUUCUGCAGUGAAAACAGAGAGUUCAAGUCUACUGUGGUGAUCCACUCUCCUCUGGUGAAGACCCCCAUUUCUCUGCAGCUUCAGGGAGUAGGAUCCUUUGAUGAGGUGCACAGGUCCUGCUAGACACCCUGAUACACAACAGUCUC